GGUGAGCAUUUAAAGGAAAAGCUGCCAAUAUCCAACUUACCUUGGGGAAGUUGACCGACAGGAGGAUCUGCAUGCUCUGACAGCGAUCCCGUAACUCUGACAGAUCCUAAAGGACUGUACUCUUGUUCCAUAAACUGGUCAUGGAGUGCUGGUUGUGACAAGAGGAAGAGGUCGAGCAGAGUUGGCAACAGUGACACAGCAUUGAGCUGGUCGAGCAUGAUGGUCUGAGGCUCAUCGUCAACAAUCAUUUGCAUGUUAGCACUGUCAUUACAUAUGCCUGAAUCCCCCAUGGCGACUCCUGAUUGGCAGCUGGCAAGCUCUGCAAUGCAGGCCUGGAGCUCCAGCAUUUCAUUGCAAACACAGUCCAUCUUGUCAUGGAGGGCCUGCCGCAACCGCAAAGAUGACAUUGACACGGGAUUUGUUAAUGUCGACCUGGGUAAAUUCAUGGUGCUCAUCCUGAAAGCUGAAUCUGACUUCUUGCAGAUUCUAGGUAGCAGGGCAAGUGGUGCAAAUGCGAGAGAAUGCUUCCCAGCUUCUGAGAUCCCUGCCCUUAUACUCGCGUUCGAGACCCCCGAUCAAGAUUCAAUGAGAUCAACCCUGCAAUCGUGUCUCGAGUGCCUUGACGGACACAAUGACAGGAUGGUCGGCCUCUACAGGGAAAUCCUGGAGAUCCGCACCCGCAUUACAGAGCUUCUUGCCAGAUGCCCGUCAGAAGUCACCGUUGGGGAUCCGGGUGCAGGGAAUAGCACUGUUGACCUCCAAGCAAUCUUAGAUGAUGAGCCUCAGACCGUCGUGCCAGACACACUCGAUGAGCCUAAUGCUAUUAUGCUGUUGUCGACUCUGCCUGACUUCUCCUUCUUGCUACCGGUCCUUUAGGAUCUGUCGGGGAUACAGGAUUGAUAACAGAGGGGGCAGA